AUGAGAUCCACGACGCUUCUCUCACCACGACUGACAAUCGAUCCAAACAAGGUACCGACGGUCACUGUACAUUCAUCAGACGGGCUUUCACCAAACACAAGAAUUCUCAUCACAAAACUUGAGCGUACUAUGCUCCGAAAAAGUCGAUCGCUGAUGUCAUUAAUGUGUGGUGGUCGUCGAAAAGCAAAAGACAGAGAUGAAGGACGACUUAACGGUGGUGACGCUUCCAUUUCACAUGCUCUUAUAGUCAUCUUUCUCGAGUAUUUCGCUUGGGGUUUACUCACUGUCCCUAUUAUCAAUGUUCUCGCAGAGACAUUUCCGAAUAAUAAAUUUCUAAUGAAUGGUUUGGUCCUGGGAAUAAAGGGUAUUUUAUCCUUUUUGAGCGCACCACUUGUUGGAGCGUUAUCGGACGUCUAUGGCAGGAAGAUAUUCCUAAUACUUACGGUAUUCUGCACUUGUAUGCCUAUACCAUGUUUGAAGAUAAGUCCAUGGUGGUACUUCGCUUUAUUCAGCAUUAGUGGUUUAUUCUCUGUUACGUUCAGUGUUAUACUAGCCUAUGUUGCUGAUAUCACAGAGAAGCAGGAUCGCUCUGCGGCCUAUGGGCUUGUAUCAGCGACAUUUGCUGCAUCACUAGUCACCUCACCAGCGCUUGGCGCAUGGAUAUCUGAUGACUAUGGUGAUGGAGCUGUAGUUCUAUUGGCAACAAUUAUUGCUGCUGUAGACGUACUAUUUAUUGUGUUUCGCGUACCAGAGUCUUUGCCAGUGAAACGAUCUGCAAGCGAUGUGAUAAGUUGGGAAAGUGCUGAUCCAUUCGCGACAUUGCGGCUUGUGUGGGAAGACAGAUUGGUGCUACAAUUAGCGGUUAUCGUGUUCCUCUCGUAUCUUCCGGAAUCGGGUCAAUUUUCUUGUUUCUUUGUGUACUUGAAAUUGGUUGUUGGAUUUUCCCCAGAAGCAGUAGCAGCAUUCAUAGGACUAGUCGGAAUUCUAUCAGUUGUUGCUCAAACCGGAGUUCUGCAACUGCUGACCACCUAUUUCGGAAUGAAGCAUGUGAUAACGUUAGGUCUUCUUUUCCAACUGGUUCAGCUCACAUGGUAUGGCCUCGGUACACAAUACUGGAUGAUGUGGGCAGCUGGUGUACUGGCGGCAAUGAGUAGUAUAACAUAUCCUUCGAUUAGCGCUUUCGUAAGUAUACUGUCGGAUAAGGAUAAGCAAGGUACUGUACAAGGAGUUGUCACGGGGAUUCGAGGGUUAUGCCAAGGCUUCGGGCCUGCCCUUUUCGGCUUCAUUUUCUAUCUGUUUGAUGUUGACCUUAAUUUGGAUGGAGAAGCACCUGGAGGUCAUGCCGUACAAUUUCCAAUUGUUCGAAUACGACCUCCUCAACCACAAGAGAAAAUUUUGACUCCCACAAGAAAUGACACGUUAUGGGUUGCAGAGCGACCCGCCUUUACUUGGCAACUAAUACCCGGACCCCCAUUCUUAGCGGGGGCCAUGUUGGUUUUGUUAGCCCUUAUGUUCAAUUCCGCAUUACCUGCGUCACCAGGAGCGAGUAAAUACUUCCGAAGGUCACCCACACAUUCACGACAGUCGUCUGACACAGCUCGAUUGUUGCACACAGACAACGGGCACUGCUAA